AUGGGCAAGACGUCCGGCGGACGACUUGACGCUGGAGUGCGCGCGCACAGGAUCACUAAUAGAAGAGAUUCGAUAGUUUCGUGGGGCAGACGGGGCCGCUGCGCAGGCGGGCGCACGGGCGGCGUGUCCGCGACCGCAGGAGCGGGCGCGGGCGCGGGCGCGGCCGCGUGGCGGAGGCGCGAGCGCGCCCCGCAACCGCGUAGGCCCAUGGAGAUCCUCACCAGCAUCUACGCGUUGCUGUCUGGCGGGCAAGGGGUAAACCCGAAGAUUGAUUCUGUUGCAUUUCGACUGCACUGCGGUGCUACAACUGCUGCUCUGUUAGCGGCUAGCGCUGCACUCACAACACGCCAUCUAGUGGGCAAUCCCAUUGACUGUAUACAUACGAGGGACAUCCCUGAGGAUGUAUUGAACACAUACUGCUGGAUCCACUCGACCUUCACGGUAGCCGGUGAAGCGGGCGCUUACCCAGGAGUCAGGAGCGCGGGACAAGCACCACGCCGCUACGGGAAGUACUACCAAUGGGUCGCGUUCACGCUCUUCUUUCAGGUCGUUUACAAACUGAAGAUGGAUUGGAGUUAUAAAGGCUUCAUUAAGGAUGAGAUCACAGCAAAAGAAGGUUCUUGUUGCCGAUUUGAGACGCCUCAGUUAUUAAACUAA